AUGUUAACACUACCGUUUGAUGAGUCUGUUGUAAUGCCAGAAUCCCAGAUGUGCAGAAAGUUUUCUAGAGAAUGCGAGGACCAGAAGCAAAUUAAGAAACCAGAAAGCUUUUCCAAACAGAUUGUCCUUCGAGGAAAGAGCAUCAAAAAGGCCCCUGGAGAAGAAACCGAGAAAGAAGAAGAGGAAGAAGACAGGGAAGAGGAAGAUGAAAAUGGGUUGCCCAGAAGGAGGGGUCUUAGAAAAAAAAAGACGACCAAGCUCCGACUGGAGAGGGUCAAGUUCAGGAGACAGGAAGCUAACGCGCGCGAGAGGAACAGGAUGCACGGCCUGAACGACGCACUGGACAAUUUAAGAAAAGUAGUCCCCUGUUAUUCUAAAACCCAAAAACUGUCCAAAAUAGAAACUUUACGACUGGCCAAAAACUACAUCUGGGCACUUUCUGAAAUUCUGAGAAUCGGCAAGAGACCUGAUCUGCUCACGUUUGUCCAAAACUUAUGCAAAGGUCUUUCCCAGCCAACUACAAACUUGGUGGCAGGCUGCUUGCAGCUCAACGCCAGGAGCUUCCUGAUGGGUCAGGGUGGGGAGGCUGCGCACCACACACGGUCACCCUACUCUACUUUCUACCCGCCCUACCACAGCCCUGAGCUCGCCACUCCCCCGGGGCAUGGAACUCUUGAUAAUUCCAAGUCCAUGAAACCCUACAAUUAUUGCAGUGCAUACGAAUCCUUCUAUGAGAGCACUUCCCCUGAGUGUGCCAGCCCUCAGUUUGAAGGUCCCUUAAGUCCUCCCCCAAUUAACUAUAACGGGAUAUUUUCCCUGAAGCAAGAAGAAAGCUUGGACUAUGGCAAAAAUUACAAUUACGGCAUGCAUUACUGUGCAGUGCCACCCAGGGGUCCCCUUGGGCAGGGUGCCAUGUUCAGGUUGCCCACCGACAGCCACUUCCCUUACGACUUACAUCUGCGCAGCCAAUCUCUCACCAUGCAAGAUGAAUUAAAUGCAGUUUUUCAUAAUUAA